AACAAGUUAGCGUCCAUUGUCAGCUAACAGGCACCAAAGGAGAUUGUGAGAUAUAAUUUUACAGUAAAAUGAAAACAGGCCCAGAUAGAAGAUGGGAGAAGAAGAAAGAAAUGAGAAGGAAAAAGCUAAAAGCCAUAUGUGUAAGCAUAAUUAAAUGGUGAAUAGAGGGAAAAGAGUACAUCAUCUUGUACAGGGUAUAAAUUAAUUAAAGAGUAGAAUUAACAUUCAGAAGGUCAGUGGGAAUUCGUUUGAGACAGCAGAACUGGGAGCACGUAGGGUGAAGCCCUGGGGCUGCACAGGGGGUAAGGGAAACAUCAUUAGAUUUCUAUGCCCCUCAUCCUGUGCUCUGCGAAAACCCUAAUGUGGAAGUGAACGAGCGUCUAACUCUCGCCCUCUCAGAGGGGAAAAUUAGCCGGUGUGUUAGAUCCAUCAGGGAUGAGCAGGCCCAGUUGGGAUGGGGAGGAAUACAGAACAGCAGGCAGAAGGCAAGGAGUAAAUGUCCUACCUUGGAAGUUCAUCCCCGAUCACAUCCGGUUUAAACGGCAGGGAAAUAUUCGUAGUCUGGAGGACAAUGAAAUUUUUCUUCUGAUCAUGACCUGAUAACUAGAUUUUUUUCCUCCCCUCAAAACAAGUACAAAAUUUCACAAGAGUGAAACAUUUGUUCUCUCACAUUGGGAACCAACAGAGAGAAGGGAUCAGCACAUGCGCGGGAGGAACCUACCGCCGUCCAGGAAAGAACCACAGAGAAGGACUAGAGGGCGCACCCCUGGGGCUCUCGUGGUCAGGAGCAGGGUCUCUCCUCACCCGCUGGGGCAAGGAAAAUAAAAUCUGAUAAAUAAGGGAGCACCAGAUGGUGGCCUCUGAAGGGUUUUACAGAGCAUUGAGGAACGAUGCUGACCCCGUAAGCCCUCAGUUCCACGGUAGCACUCAUGGACAUAGUCCUCCGCUCUCCCACCUCAGCCCUGGCUGAGUUCAUAUCCAGACCUAUCCACUGCCACGCCCUGGGACUGUUACCUAAUCCCAUUAGGAGACCCACCCCGUGACCUCUUUUGCUCUAUCCCUGUCUCCUUUUUAGGAAAUGGCCACAGCAGAUGGUGUCGACCUGGCUCCCCUGGGAUCCUGCUUUUAACUCACUGGCAGGUGUCCCUGAGCAGAGCCCCAAGGCUGGCAGAGGGCCAGGUCACUCUGGGGGCAGCCGUCUUGCUGCUUGGACUCUGGGCAGUACUGGCUCCAGUCCAGUGCUCUCAAGGCCGUCCCUCGUGGCGCUACCUCUCUUCGGAGUUGGUGAUACCCAGGAAGGAGUUGCACCGAGGCAAGGGUGUUCAGACGCCAGGUUGGCUCUCCUACAGCCUGCGUUUUGGGGGCCAGAGGCACGUUAUCCACAUGCGGCGUAAGAAAUUAUUUUGGCCCAGACACCUGCUGCUGAUGACUCUGGAUGACCAAGGAGCCUUGCAGAUGGACUACCCCUUCGUCCCUUCAGAUUGUUACUACCUCGGCUACCUGGAGGAGAUUCCUUUUUCCAUGGUCACCGUGGACACGUGCUAUGGGGGUCUUGAAGGUGUCAUGAAGUUGGAUGACCUUGCGUAUGAAAUCAAACCCCUCAAGGAUUCGGAAAGGUUUGAACAUGUGGUUUCUCAGAUAGUGGCAGAUGCCGGUGCAACAGGACCUGCAUAUGGACCGGGACACAAGGAGGAUAGACACCCACUGUUCCCUGAAGCAGACGUCAGUGCCCCCAGGAGUGGUGCUAGGGUGUUUGCAGCACAUAAGGGAAUCAUGAAAGGAUUUGUUCAAUAUUCUAAUGCAAUGUAUCGCUUAUACAACAGUGUGUCUAAGUGUGUGGAAACCCUGGUACAUAUGUGUAGUAUAGUGGACUCCUUUCAACAGGGUCUUGCUGUCAGGUUCUAUCUAGUCGCAGUGGCACUAUUUAAUGAAAGAGAUCCAACUGUCAUGAAUGACUAUAGAGUACCAGGUGGUGCAUAUGCUCGUUAUCACGCGAAGAAUUUCAGACGAGUCAUAGAAAGCACUUCGUCCUUGAUGGUAAUCCGUGAUGGACCACGGCCAGGCCAGUUUGAGCCAGAGACCUAUCCCGUGUGUAACACCAGUCGUAGCCUGCUCUUCGUUGGUUAUCUAGGCAGACAUUACUUAAUAUUAGCUAUUGUGUCAACCCAACUCAUUGGGAGAAGUUUUGGUCUGUGGUAUGACGGUGAUAACUGCUAUUGCAUGCGAAGGACCACCUGCCUUAUGGCAAAAUACCCAGGCUUGACAGAUGCCUUCAGUGACUGCUCCAUCGGGCACUGGUGGAACAUAGUAGCGAUACGGGGCAGUUGUAUAUUUAACACGACGGUGAGCUAUUUUAAUGAAAGCCUGAUAAAGACGCGUUGUGGAAACUACAUAGUAGAAGAUUGGGAGCAGUGUGACUGUGGCCCCUUCAAGCAGUGUUAUAGCAACAAAUGCUGCGAGUAUGACUGUAUGUUGGCGGAAGGGGCUACUUGUAAUGAAGGACUAUGCUGUACAGACUGUACCUAGUCUGAACCUGGGACACUCUGUAGACCAAUCCAAAAUACAUGUGAUCUUCCAGAGUACUGUUUUGGAACAACCAGUCAAUGCCCGGAAGACUUUUAUAUGCAGGAUGGAACGCCCUGUACUGAAGAAGGCUACUGCUGUCAUGGAAACUGCACUGACUGCACCAUGCACUGCAGAGAAAUCUUUGGAAGACACGCUACUAACGCUCAUGAUGUCUGCUAUACAGUAAAUCAAAAAGCCGAUCGAUUUGGACACUGUACAAGAAAUGAUAGGGUGUUGAACCAUGCUGCUUGUGGAGAAGCAGACAUAAAAUGUGGAAGGCUGCAGUGUAGCAAUGUCACUCAUGUUCCCCGGUUGCAGGAACAUGUUUCAUUCCAUCAGUCAGAGAUCUCAGGGGUCUGGUGUUGGGGAGUAGGCCGUCACUAUUCCCCAGAAACAACUGAUGUUGGUCAUGUGAGAAGUGGUACCCCCUGUGCUCCUGAGAGGUUCUGUCUCAACAGCACCUGCAGUGCUCGUAUAGAUGCAAUAACUUAUGACUGUCCCCCUAAGAAAUGCAAUCAUAGAGGAAUUUGCAACAAUAGAAGGAAUUGCCAUUGCCGUGUAGGCUGGGAGCCUCCACUGUGCUUAAAGAGAGGUCCUGGAGGGAGCAUGGACAGCGGACCCAGUUCAAGGAGAAUUCGCUCAGUAGAAACAAGCCAAGCCUCGAUCCUAUAUUUGAAACUGGUCUUUGGUCGCAUUUAUGCCUUCAUAGCUGCACUCCUCUUUGGUGUGGCCACCAAUGUUAAAAAUGUCAAGACCUCCAGAGUUAAGGAAGUGUAGUAGGUGAUAAAUAAAUUAUAAACCAGCCUCCCGACCCCUGUACAACCACUGGUAAUGUAGAAGUAAUAUCAAUAUAUAUGGUGAAAUCAGUAAUAAGAUGGCAAAGAUGAAUAUCACGUUCUUGAAGUCUGCAGGAGAGGACGGCGGGUUUCUGUACGUCAGGGGCGGUCGAGAGGCAUCGAUGUUCUCACAUCAGGUCUCUU